AUGUUACUAUUGUUGAUACUAAUACAUACAUUUAAUUGUUUAACUUUGAAAUGCGUCUCUAAUGAUGUUAAUGAGACAUAUACAAGAGGAGAUCAUAUGACAAUAUGCAUUCAUUUUAUUAAUAAACCUGAAUAAACUGGUUAGAGAUUAGCAUUUGAUGUUAAAGUUGAUCGCUAUACUGCAUUGUAUGCUAAAAAUAGUUAUACAACUUUAAAGACAAAAGGAUUAACAAAUCAUACUAUUGCUAUUUAAGCAAAUAAACAUGCUUUAGUAUCACCAAUACUUGAUUAUGUUAUAAAUUCAACUAAUGUUUACCCAAUUUAUAGUUUAGUGGUUAAUAUGGAAGAUGGCAAUGUAACAGAUCUAAUUUGGGAUAAUGGUUGUUGGGAUUCUAGUAUGGAAUGCUCAGAUUAUGUUAUUACUAAUUCAAAUGGAGAAUCAUUUAGUGAUUCAAAUAAUUAUUACACUGAGUGUACUAAAGAUAUGGAUUGUGAUGCUAAAAUCUACAUCUCAUUUAUAGGAACAGAUGCAUCAGGGAAUUAUAUGGAAAGUGCAGGUAUCACUUUUGUAUUAUUUUAAAAGGCAAACGUAUUUCAAGAUUCAGAUAAUAUGCUGUAUCUGAUAUGUUCAGCUCAGCAAAGAAUGUAUUUAGUGGUUAUGUUGAUGAUAUUCGUACAUGA